CCGAUUGAGUGGCGGGUGAUGUGUGACGUCACGCAAACAUGGCGGCACACAGGCAGAACUAAACGGCUAACAAUAAACGACAAUAAACAUUCGUUUUUUAAGCAGCACUUUUAACACAAUGUAUAAUUGAGUCCAAGUUCCUACCUUACACAAUCAUGGAACCUGUUUAGCGAACGUUGGUGAAAACAAACAUGUUAAACACGGUAAAUUAUCUUUUCAGUUGGUAGUUGUACAAUUGGCUAAAUAGCAUUGCCGUUGUGUUUCUGUGUGGAUAGUCGAGAGAGACGGAGAAAUCAAGUGGAAAUAUCCCACAUUGGACUGUACAUCCUAUAAAAUGGAGUUUAUUAAAGAAGAGAGAGUGGACGUGAGUGAUCAAGAACCCUGCAGAGUGAAACAUGAAGAUACUGAGCAACAAAUAGGAUCUCUUCAAGCUUGUGCAGGACCUGAUCAUUCUGCCACCUGUACCAUCCUUGCACCAAGGUGGUUUAGCAACUAGCCAACAUGUGCUGCAGAUACGCUGUUUGGGCCCACAGAGGAGACAAGUUUCCUCUGUGCCUUAACACUGAGACAAAUUUCCAGAGCUUGGAAGGGUGUCAUAGGUGGAUCUUAUUGGAAAACUUACCUUCCACAGAUACUUCUAGAUUUGUCUGGGAGAUGACAAUGGUCUAUCGGAUCCAGGCCCUCUUUCAGCUGCUUCAAGACCAAUUUCUCACUUUUUUUAAUUAGCUAAUUUUUUUUAUAGUAUUGCUGUGCAUGUAAACAUAUUCAUUUACAGUCCAUAUUAUAUCACAUUUUCCUAGUGUCUCUGUUAAAAGUGGUAUAUCACAUGUAUGGAUAGCAAUAUGUAUUUGGAAAUUAUAUGCAGAUAAUGUUAGUCUGAUAAAAACAAGCAUUGUAAACUCAAUAUAUGUUUUUUUGGGGGGGUGGGGGAGGUUGGGGACUAAAGCUUGUUCAUUUACACACCCUCUUCCAAUAACUGGGAUUUAUGAUGGAAAUUAGGCAGAGGUUCUGGCAUACAUGCAAAUGUAUAAAUAUGAAAACUUUUGUGAAUAUUCAAAAUCUGCACACUUUUAGGAUGAAAUCCAAGUUUUAUACAUGAGGCCCUUUAAUUGUGUGUUGAAAAAGGGAAAUAUACAAAAUAUGUAGUGUUAGUGGUCCUCCAGGAAAGGACUGAGAAACACUGAUCUAAAUGAACAUUGUGUACACGUCCCAAACUAGAUUUGAUUUAAAUAACAAGAUUUAUGGAUCACAUAAAAAUGGAUUGUUGCUUUUUGUGAUUAAACUGGAGUCUCCAUUCUUUCUGUUCAUGUCACAUUUGUCCCUCUUGAAUUUAAUUUUAACUAUUUAAAAUUUUCAUUUUAGACCUGAUGGAAGUGAAAGAGGAAAAUCAAGAGCUGACAUUGGAGGAGAAACAUCAGUAUGAAGAACCUCAAUUCAAAACUGAAGAUAAAACUUAUAGUAGCUCAGAGACUGAAAAUUUCUCACAAAAAAGACGUCGAAGAACUGGAGCCCAAGUUUUUUUCUCCUGCCUUCAGUGUAAAGAGAGUUUCACAUCUAAAGAACAACUUAUGGGUCACUUUAGAGUUCACUCUGGAGAAAAGCCUUUCCCGUGCGAUCAGUGUGAAAAGAGUUUUCGUCAUAAAGCAAGCCUUAAGAAUCACUUGAGAGUUCACUCUGGAAAGAGGCCUUUCCCGUGCGAUCAGUGUGAAAAGAGUUUCGUUAAAAAAGAGAGCCUUAAGAAUCACAUGAGAGUUCACUCUGGAGAGAAGCCUUUCCCAUGCAAUCAGUGUGGAAUGAGUUUCAGUCUUAAAGCAAGCCUUAAGAAUCACAUGAGAGUUCACUCUGGAGAGAAGCCUUUCCCAUGUGAUCAGUGUGGAAAGAGUUUUAUUCAUAGAACAAGUCUAAAGAAUCACAUGAGCGUUCACUCUGGAAACAGUCCUUACAAAUGUGAUCAGUGUGGGAAGAGGUACUUACAUAAAGACAACCUUAUUAAGCACAUAAGAUUUCACACUGAAGAGAAGCCUUUCAAAUGCCUUCAGUGUGGAAAGCAUUUCACAGAAAAAGGAAGCCUUGAGGUUCACAUGAGAGUUCACACUGGAGAGAAGCCUUACACUUGCCAUCAGUGUGGAAAGAGUUUCAUUCAACGAGCAAGUUUAAAGUAUCACAUGAGAUUUCACACUGGAGAGAAGCCUUUCACAUGCAAUCAGUGUGGAAAGAGUUUCAUUCAUAGAGCAAGCCUGAAGUAUCACAUGAGAGUUCACUCUGGAAACAGGCCUUACAAAUGUCAUCUGUGUGGAAAGAGUUACUUACAUAAAGACAGUCUUAAUGAUCACAUCAGAAUUCACACUGGAGAGAAGCCUUUCACAUGCCAUCAGUGUGGAAAGAGUUUCAUUCAUAAAGCAAGCCUUCAGAAUCACAUGAGAGUUCACUCUGGAGUGAAGCCUUUCCCUUUAUUUUAAUUCCUACUGUGUGUUUUGAUUGCAGUCCAACUCAGGAGCGUGAGAGUUUAUGGUUGAAUGGUGUACAUUAAUAAUGUCAUUUAUUUGUCUUAUAACCUACGGACACUUACUGUAUAUGUAAUGUGGUAAUUGUACAUCAUGUAAUUAUCAGAAAUAAAAAAAGAAG